CCCCCCUCCACGCCAGAGCGGGAACAGUUAAAGAGCUCGCCUUUUUCUUUCUUUCGUUCUUAUUUUUUUUUUUUACAACCCUCAUUUAUUCUGCUAUCGUGAACCAGUGGAAGAAGAAGAAGAAGAAGAAGCACCAACUUCUGUGGAGUUCCUGCUGAGCAACAAGCCUUUUGAAGAGGCUUUUCCUUUUUUGGGGGGGGGAAUUCACAGCCUUGUUUUAUUUUCUCCAGAUUCAAAGGAUGCAAUUUCAAUGACAAAACCAUUUGGAAUAUGGGACUUUUAAUCUAUGAUUUGGACCACGGGGACACGCAACUAUGUUUAUGUGCUCAGCUCUGGGUAAUUUUGAUAACUCUUGCAGGUAAAAUCUCCCCCACCAGCUCCGAUGCUCUCCUCGGCUCCUCGGCGGUCACCGCCAGCCCCUCGCCGCCCAACGUCUACCUCCCCGCCAACUUCAAAAUGUCCAACGCACAACUGGCUUUCUUCUUGCGGGAGGCUCGGGUCACGGGACACGCGGUUGGCGGCGGCGUCGCCAAGGGGAGCGGCGGCCCCAGCGCGGGACACCCGCUGCAGCGCUCGGAGAGCUUCGUGGUCUUCCAGACUAAAGACCUCCCCGCCAUCAACAUCAGCUUCGGGCCCUUUGCCCGGGACCAGGCCCUGUCCAAGGAGCUGCUCCAGCCAGCCAGCCCGCUGGAUAUUCCCGGCCGGGUGACGGUCAACUGGAAGGUGAGGGCCUUCAUUGUCCAGGCCCGGGUCUUCUCCAACAACCCCGUGGUCCAGGUGUUCUUCUACAUCGCCGGGCGCGACUGGGACGACUUCAAGGCCCAGGACCAGCUGCCCUGCGUCCGCCUGCACGCCUUCCGGGACGUCCGCGAAAUCAAGACCUCCUGCCGCAUGAAAGGCAACCUGGCGCAGUGCUUGGCCCAGCUGGAGCUGCCGGCCCCCUGGUUUAACGCCAACGUGGCCCCGCUGGGUCGGCGGAAGGGCUCCGCCGACGGGCUCCUGGAUGGGCUCACCGGCGAGACCCUGCAGGCGGAGCUCUACUACACGCUGCACGGGCCCAGUCCGGACGGGGAGUGCAGCGAGGGCUCGGGCCACCGGGCCGGCGGGGCGUCCAGGGGGGAGCCUCCGUCGCAGCACCCCCUGCUGCGCAUCGGCAGCAUCAGCCUCUACCAGGCCAGCCAAGAGCAGCUGCUGGUGGACAAGCAGCUGGACAAGAACAUGUUCCUCAGGCUGCCAGAGAAGCCGCUGAAGCCCGGGGAGACCCUCAGGAUCUUCCUCUACCUGAUGCCCAACUCCACUGUGGAGCAGUUCACCCUCAGGGUCAAAGCCAAGAAAGGGGUGAACCUGCUGGAGACCAAGUCGAAGAACACCCAGUGGAAGGUGGACUGGGAGAUCCAGUCCGGCGCCAAGCACUCCAUCACCACCAUCGACGUGAACAAGAACAGAGCAGUCAAACAGGGGGAUGUUCUGGGCAACGUGGAGGUGAUGCAGUUGGAUUUCGAGAUGGAGAACUUCACCAGCCUCUCGGUGACCAGAAGGAUCAACUGGAACAUCGACUACAAGAGCCAGAUCCCGCCCCCCGACUCGGAGAAGGUGGUGACGGAGCUGACGGUGGUGCAGCGGGACAUCCAGGCCAUCCUCCCUCUGGCCAUGGUGAGGGUCCUCAGGCAGUCUGAGGGGUUCAAAGCCACCCGGUGGGUUAAAGAAACCGGAGUGGAGUCUCCGCUGGCCGUGGACGCCGCGCUGGGCGAGUCCGCCUUCUCGGUGACGGACGACAAGGUGUCCAUCACGGAGAUGCGCGUGCACGGCGUCGCCGGCCUGACGCUGUCGCUGCAGCCCAGCCCCGGCAACAGCCACACCAUGGUCGCCAAGGCAACCGGCGUCCAGACGCUCACGGCCCCCAAGCAGGAGGCCAGCUUGUCCGUCUGGAUGCUCUUCAGCGACAACACAGCCGCCACUCUGACCCACUUCGACCCCAAGGACUACAACCUCAACGCCUCCACGCUGGACGACCGGGUGGUGUCGGUGUCCCAGGAGCCUCAGCAGCGCUGGCCCGUGCUGGUGGCGGAAGGCGAGGGCUCCGGGGAGAUGGUGCGUCUGGAGAUGACCAUCUGCGAGGCCUGCCAGAAGACCAAGCGCAAGAGCGUCAUCGCGUCCGCCGCCGUGUUCGUCAAAGUCCGCUUCGGCCCGGAGGAGGACUCCGAGGAGGAGGCGACCACGGAGGGCGAGGCGGAGAUGGCCCCCGCCACCAGGCGUCCGAUCGCCGACGGCCCCCCCAACGCCGGCGGGAGGGUUUACGAGACGUCUCACGAGCAGCCCGCCAGCGUCCCCAUCGACUACACCAACUUCCCCACCAGCAGCAACCAGGAGCGACCCACCGAGAGCGAGGAGGCGGGGGAGGAGGAGGGGGAGGAGGAGGAGGAGGACGACGACGACUUUGUGCAUUCGCCCCGCAACAUGACCGACCUGGAGAUCGGCAUGUACGCCCUCCUGGGGGUCUUCUGCCUGGCCAUCCUGGUCUUCCUCAUCAACUGCAUCGUCUUCGUGCUGAAGUACCGCCACAAGCGCAUCCCGCCCGAGGGCCAGGUCAACAUGGACCACUCCCACCACUGGGUGUUCCUGGGGAACGGCCAGCCGCUCAGGGCCCAGUGCGACCUGUCGCCGCAGCAGGCCGAGAGCCCCGGGAACCCCCUGGAGGGCGUGCAGACCUGCUGCCACGGCGACCACCACAGCAGCGGCAGCUCCCAGACCAGCGUGCAGAGCCAGGUGCACGGGCGCGGCGACGGCAGCUCGGGGGGCUCCACCAAGGAGGCCGGCGAGGAGGCCAGCUCGCCCACCUCCAAGCGCAAGAGGGUCAAGUUCACCACCUUCACCACGCUGCCCACCGAGGAGCUGCCCUACAACUCCAUCCCCGUCGCAGACGAAGAGGACAUCCAGUGGGUGUGCCAGGACAUGGGCUUCCAGGACCCCGAGGAACUGCACGAGUACAUGCGCAGAAUAAAAGAGAUCGCCUGAGAGCCGAGGCCCUCGGAAACGCUCCUUUCUAUUUUUCUCUUUUUUUCACCUCGGUGGAAGAUCUUCUGGGUUUUUUUUGUUGUUUUUUUUUUUUUCUUCACUGACUAACAGGCCAAUUGUCGUUUCGGGGUUUUUUUCGGCUGUGUUCCAUUUAGUUUGCACAGUGCUGUGACCUCAUACACGCAGUGGCGAAACGCGAAGGAAGCCAAAGACUCCACCGGAGGACCUCGCCCCC